GAGACACCUCCGGUUCCGGCAAAGCCCUCCGAAGCCGUGGCGACUGGAACAGAGGCUGGGGAGAUGCCCUUAGCAACGCAGCUUCGCACUGUCUAUGCCAACUUGGUUGAGCCACAGAGGAUACGGGACAUCCCCACGCUAGCGCUGCGUGGAGAGAGGUGUGUGGUCCUCACAAAUUUCGCGGUAAAGCGGAUCUGCGGCGUCAGCGGCGCAGAUGCCACACGAGUAGAGGAGCUGCUGGUGGUGAAAUGCUGCGCCUGCGGCCAC